AUGAAUUUAUCUUCGAACUGCAUCUCACACCAAAGCAUUCGCAUCUUUGAAAAACUUGGAGAGAGUCUUUUAGGACUUAUCAUUUCCCAUCGCGACCGGUACCCAACUCAUCCACUGAUGCCCUGGAAGCAUGGAACUGAAUGCUGCGAGCACAUUUUUGGAUGGAUGCGGGUGAUUUCACCUACUUUCACCAUAUUGGACGCAAGGCAGAUGAUGCCAAAGAUAUUUUCUGUUAUCAAGAGUGUCAUGAGCGGACACAUCUCAAUACCUAAUAGUGAGAAUUUACAUGCAGGCAAUGACAAUGAAAUUCGUGACCUGCUCAAAAUCACAGAAGCUUCAGCCCAAGCACUAGCGACUUUUGCUGGAAUUGGCAAUGGUUUGUCUCAGCCACUCCAAGAAUCUGUGUCCGAACAGGCCCUUGGAGAACAUGAAGAUGCUUCUGUGUCAAUACACAAGCGCUCGAAAUUGGACUAUCCUUUCGACCCAUCAAAAAUGAGUGCUGAGCAGGCAUUGGAAACUGCUGCCAGACUGACGAGCAAACAUCAGGAAGCUGAUGUGGUGAUGUCUCAGCUAACAGAACAACUGGAAGAUCUAGUACUCGAAGCACCUAUCAAUAUUCUUACUGAACAGGCGGAUCCCAAUCAGCUACAAGAUCCGAAUUCGAACUGUUCAAGUUUCUUCAAACCUUUGGUGACACCGGAAGGAGAUUUGGAUACAACUCACAUGGCAUCUGAAAGACACGCUCAUGACAGUCAAGUUGAAAAUCACCACGGGCCAGAGCGACCACGUGUUGUAUCAAAAGAUUUGCCUGAUCCUCAAUACGACCCAGACACCGGCCAUCAGUUACUUUCACCAAGCCAAUAUAGCAAAGCAGUUUCAUUUUACUGGCGAUCAGAGGACAAUCCAGAAUACAGUGAAGCCCGUCAACACCGCUGGAAAACUCUCGGCAAACGCAAGCCUACCAACUUAGACACUGUAGUAAACGUAGACGAUCUCGACACACAAUUUGAAUGUGUAGAGGGACUAGGCCAAAUCGAGGUAGAACCGCAAGAUCAACAGCUUGGAGCCGGUGCGAUCACAGCCGAAACACCAAUCACAAACAACAAAUGGGUUGUAGUGAUUAAGCAAGGCUACUUCUAUCUAGGUCGUGUUCUUGCCAUCUUCGAACAUCACUCAGGCAAGCACGCCUGGGUUCCUGAGUCUUCAUCGCGCACCAAGCUCUCCUACGUCUCAUUGGAGAUUUACCGAUAUAGCCCUGGUCAAACAACAAUUCACGCUGCUCAUCAGCCAGACUUACCAAAUGAAUGGACUUUCAGUCAUCUGGCUGCAAAGUUCAUUGUCUACCUCUACAGUCCAAAAGGUGAUGACUCAGAUUUUAUCUACAUCGAACCUGGUCUCUAUCAAGUCCCCAAUGUUCUUGUUAACUUUAUAUCGACUUGUUCUGCGUGGCAGAGUCUCUUCCUGCCCAAAAAACCUAAAAAGUUGUAUCAGAAACGAGCGAAGAAAGCUGCAGGAAAUUCCUUGUGA